UAUUGAAAACUGGAAGCCAUCUUGGAUUUUUAGCUUGAUAAUGUAUUUUUCCAACAAAAUACAUCCUGAGCAUCAUUUAUGCCAAAUUUGGUGCUUGUAUCAAAACGUGAAAGAUUCUUAAGGAAAAUUGUCUUAAUCUGCAUCAAUAAUUUAUGUCCAGUAAUUUAGUUCAGCUUGAGAAAUAAAGUUUAUUCAUGGUGAGCUGAGUUUCAUUCCACUUUGCUUGAUAUUUCUCUUUGAAAAAGAUGGCUGAAGUUCAUCGACCCGAGCUGUUUGAUUUCCACGGAGUGUCACUGACUCAGUACUUCACAGAGAACUGGGAGAACGUUCAAAACUUUCAGGCCAGACCGGAUGAUAUCCUCAUCGCCACAUAUCCUAAAGCAGGCACUACAUGGGUUUCCAACAUCCUUGAUUUGCUUUACUUUGGUCAGAGAGAGAAACCCAUCCCGAUUUAUGAGAGAGUACCUUUCAUGGAUGUUUUUCACCCAGAAAUCGGUGCAGGAACAGAUUGGGCGGACAAGCUGCCCACCUCCCCUCGACUCAUUAAAACUCAUCUUCCUGUCCAGCUCGUGCCAAAGUCAUUUUGGAACAAAAAUGCAGGGUAUGAUAUAGUCUACGUUGCCCGCAAUGCAAAAGACAAUGUUGUGUCUUUCUUCCACUUUGAUCGCAUGAACAUGGAUCAACCAGAACCUGGAGAUUGGAGCAGCUACCUUGAGAGAUUCAAGCAAGGAAAGGUAUUGUAUGGAUCCUGGUACGAUCAUGUGAGCAACUGGUGGAAGAAGAAACAGACUUAUUCAAAUUUGCACUACAUGUUCUUUGAAGACAUGGUUGAGGACACCGGACAAGAAAUAGACAAACUCUGCUCCUUUCUUGGUUUGACUCCUUCAGUAGAGGAAAAGACGAGAAUCGUAGGAGAAGUUCAUUUUGACAAAAUGAAGAACGACAAGAUGGCUAACUACUCAACAAUCUCUGUCUUUGAUUUCAAAAUUUCUCCCUUCAUGAGAAAAGGAAAAGUGGGUGACUGGAAGAAUCACUUCACUGUGGCUCAGAAUGAAGAGUUUGAUGAAGAUUACAAGACAAAGAUGAAGGAUCCCACUCUCCAAUUUCGUACUGAAAUUUGAAAAGAACCAGAAGUUUAGAUGUUCAAUGACUGACAGCAUGAGGCACUACAUGAAACACAAAUGAACACAUGAAAUCAAAAGACUUUUCAUGUGUUAUAAAUAAAGUUUCUGAUUUGACAGGAUAGAUUUACGUCACAUCUUGAUUGUGGGUGUGGAUGAUCUGUGAUCCAAUCCAGUCCCAGAAAGGAGGGCAUCUGACACAAACACCAGGCAAAUCCAUGAUGCAAGCUGCUGUGACGACUCCUGUAUCUUGUUUGUAUUGCUCUAUGAGCACUUCUGUUUUAUGGACUUCCUUUUGUCAAACAACACUUGGUCAC